AUCUUUUAUAUUCCUACCUUCCAUUUCUACAAGUACUUCAUCUGCUCAGUAGAGUACCAAAGAUUCGACUACCUAAAUGACCAGAUGAGGAACAAAAGCAGCGUCGCAUCCAGCGUCAUAAUCAUAGUGCCGAAAGAUAGGACUGGGAACGAAAUAGUUAUAAAUAGCUCCUGGGAAAAAACACUUUGCAGCACAGAUACAGUAUAGCAGAGUCUGUGUCAUGGCAUGCACUUGAACUCUGCAUUCAUAUGUCGAAUGUGCAACGCGACUCGUUUCAUGUCCCUGCUUGCCCUUGCUGCGCUGCUGUCUCGUACUCGUAUUAUCACAUGCCUCAAAUGGCUGUUUUGUAUUUCGUCUCCUCUGUGUUGUUGCUGUUUUUUUUUUUUUUUAAUUUCAAGAUGUUUCGGAGUGCACUUAAAGUGCGUUACAACUUGUGUCUAUAUUUGGCUGCUUGGGAAUAUCUCGCAGACUACACAAGAGAAGAGAAAGCAUUUAUGUAGAGAGCACCGGUUUUUAUGAUGUAAGUCAUUGCCAGCAACCCCUUAUCCUCAACUGAUACAUAUACAUACAUAUGUUUAAUGAGCAAUUUUAUAGACGUUUCAGCCACAGUCAGUUUCCACAGAACUAGGGCCUGGAAAUGGUCCAUAUCGCACAGCUUGAGGAACAGUGAAACCAAAUUACAUAAAAAAAGGCAAGUAAAAGGGAACAUUUAUGGAGACUACUCGUGAGAGUUAUGUUGUAAUGAGAAUAAAAAUGUUUCUUUAAAAAUAUAAAGUGAUUUUUAGGACAUUUUGACCUUCUUUUUUCUAUAUUUGAUACAGGUUUUCGAAUAUGUACUUCGCAAAAGACAAAGCUGAUUCUGGUGUUAGGUUUCUACAAUUAUCUGUAAUAGAUUUACUUUUUGGUUUGGCAUUUUUGAUUUCAGAGUUUUUACGCGAGAUCUAUACGAUAACCAGCUCCAACUCCGCCGAAACAAAGGGAACCAAAAAAUUGCAAGUCCCUGGGUCCCGAUCCCUUUAUAGGGUAAUGACAAAAUUUUCUUCUCCUUAUCCCUAUUCCGACUCCCACACCUCUUCUACUCCAGUUUUUCCUAGCAGCUAGUCGAUACUAGAUGAUACUUCUCCAUACUGCUUGCACCUCACUUCGACCCGUAUUGUAUGUAUUAUUAAUCUAUUUUGAGACGAGACCCGCACCUCAUUCUUUACUUUCAGAAAUAAUACAACCUAAAUCUGCCUAUAUUGCAGAGCUGUAGGUUCAAUCUAGAGUCCUGGGGCAGAGCCAUUGAGCCCUAGCUAGAGCGAACUGCUUCCUUAUUUCGGCACCUGCAAAUGUUACAUACAACAUAAUGCAUGGUACUCAACGCCCAACGCGUUGUUAUGCGCGAAAAGCUGAUUAUUUCGCCCUGCUACUCGGUGGGAGAACCAUUCCGCGUCGAUGAACGCGUUAUUUCUCACGCUCCCAGUCCACGGAUCAGAUUGAAAAAGUUUGAGGGGAGCCCUGACAAGUUGUCUGCAUCAUUGUUAAUGAGCUUCGUGUGUUUUGGUGGAGACGUAAUGACUCUAUAGACCUUAUAGAGAUCUUCAUGCUCAUGGCGAUCUGUAUCUGUAGAGUGCUGACAGUUGCUGUUAUUCUUACCCUCUAUGAAUAAAAAUGGUAUUCGGAAUUGAAGCUCAAUUAAUAUUUCGGGUUUUAUCAACAGCUUUUUGUUUAUUUUCCAAGCUCAAACUCUUUCUAAGAAUCACAUUCAUUCAAGAAUGAAGCACUCAUCUGAACUGGUUGUCUCAUCGAAAGUAGAAUGUAGUAGAUCGAAUAGCAUAAGCGAGAGACGAGACUGUUUUUUUCUAUUCUUUCUUGAUAGAGCGCAGCCUUGGCAACUCCAUUCCCUCUAACGCAUUUCUUAUUCUUCAGCAAUUUCAAAGUUCGCAGGGUCUGUCAUCGAAUGCUGAAGCUCCUUAUUAGGGUAUUUAGACAUUAUAAUUUGCGCACGAGCAAAACUGCAAUGUAAGGGGGGCUCACAACAUGUGUUUUCCGCAUUACCCAUGCCGCAUACCCCUGUUUCAGCCCCAGCCCAUGUUCACAGUCAUGUGUGGCGUUUAAAAGCCGCCACAAAGAUCGGGCCGAUCGAUCGUGGGAAGCUCCCGGAAGGCUUGCCGCAAUCUCGAAAAGCCAUUUAAAAAAUAAAGCCACUACUGAAAGAUCAACAAAGACAGAAUCCGAGACUCAGCGGCGCAGUUCCGAUUCAUUGGAGAUUGACAUCGCGGAAAAUCCGGGAAAUCCAAAAAAGGCGUUGUAGCUACAUGGAGUGUUUCUUCAAAUAACGUCUGUACCUACAUACUUAUCAAAAAUUCUACGCAAUUCUAUAGUACGUAACAGAGUACCCUCUGUCAGGUGAGACCAGACCAGAGCCACAUUCCCCGUUGUCGCCAUUGGAUAAACAGGAUGGCGACAGUCAUUUCGGUGGAUUUUGACUUGGAAAUGGAGAACCUUAGCCACCUGUUGCGAGGUGAGCUGUGUGCAGUUUCUAGUAGCAUACAAAGCUAAUGGUGAACGUGAAAAGAUCGUGGCUCGACGGCGUAUCAGCUAAGCCGGUCUCCGGGGGGAUGGAUAGGGUGACCCUUUCACCCCUUCCUUUUCGCCGCUCAACGAGCAUAGAAAAAAAUGACACGAUCUGGACGGCCAUCCAUGUCUCUGCCACUUGAAAAAGCCCCAGGUCCCCUAUCCCUUGUCCACUAUCUCAAGUCUAAUAAACAAAACUUUGCCUGGCAUCGGCAGUUUUUACACACUUCCAUAAGACAGUCUGUUUUUUCGAUCAUCUUUGCACAGACCUAUAUAUUCUUUGCUUAUUUUUAUUGGAACAGUGUGUCAUCCAGAUAUCAUAGAAUGAUAUUCUGAGUAUAAGAUACUGCUGACAAUAUUCCUAUAGCUGAAAAAGGAAUGGAACGAUCAAUCUGCAAGGGUAUUAAAAGCUCCGGCCUCCGAGGCUAGCCUUCUUUUCUUGUUAUUUUUGUCAAUGGAGAAUGCAGCCUCGUCUGCUGUCGGAGUGGCUAUCAGAAAUUGGAGCUGAUUUAAGCGAAAAACGCUGCUCUGCUUCUGCUACUGCCAGUGCCACUGCUGCUACGGCGACCUGGGCUCUGACAGUCAGUCUGUGUAAAAACGGCGUGCAAUUCGGAGCCAAGAGCACGGCAACCCUUGCGAAGUCCACGUAUAUUCCAAACGAGAUGAAGCGCAACCAGAUUUUUAGAGGUGGCUACGUAGAGCAGGGCUUGUCACGCUCCUCUGAGUACCGCAAAGUGAUGAAGCCGCUGCUAGAGCGCAAGCGUCGUGCGCGCAUCAACAACUGCCUGGACGAGCUAAAGAUUAUUAUCGCGGAUCUAGCUCACAUGGAGACAACAGGGCUGAAUAAGUUGGAGAAGGCUGACAUCCUGGAGCUGGCCGUGCACCUUUUGCAGGAACAACGCGCAUGCAGCUCCUCGCAACUUUCUGGCCCGGUGGCCCAUCAGCAGCGACUGGAGGCGGAGUCGUACUGGGGUGGCUUCCGUCAGUGCGCCGUGCAGGUGUCCAGCUUCCUGCAGCACCACGACAAGGCACUCAGCGACCAGUUCAAUGAGUUCCUGCAGCAGAUCCUACCGGCCAAGCCAGCCCCUGAGCCGCCCCUCUGGAGACCAUGGUAAAAGACAAGGUAGAAUACCAAAAAUUACAAUAAAAACAAAAACAAAAAAAGGGAGCUCAGGUUGUGGAUAUCUGUUGUGAAUUUCGGUAUCUCCCCAAUUUAAGCGCUAAUAUACUUAGGUUAGGCUAGGACUUUUUGUUCAAGGAUGAAUGAUAUUUCGAUCCGAUGGAGCAAACAAAACAUACUCUAAAAAUUUUGUUUGCUUUCGGUUUUUCUUAUUUCAAAAAUUCAAAAAACUUUUUUAUAUGUGUAAAAUUGUGUGAGGAAACGUUUGUUGUAUCAAUGAGAAUCCGAAUGAAUUGCUGGAAAACUUUUGUUGCUUCAAUUAGUCUUUAAUUAGAAUUGAUUUCAUUGGUAUUAAAUAUCUAACGCUUUUCGCAUUUGCAUGCUAAAUUAUGUAUUUCUUAUGGUGAAUAUAAUGCACACAAAGUAAGGCUGCUUUUGCAGUUAUAAAUAAUUCAUAAUCAGUAAUUAUAAGCGUUACCAUUAACCGUUAACAGAAUGUUGUAUCGAUAAUGUUGAUACACAUCUACAUAUAUAUGUGUGCAAGUAGCUUACAUAUGUAUACCCAAACAAAAAUAUAUAUAUAUAUAUGCAGUAAUUAAAAAAAAAAAAACAUUUUCUCGAUUUUACUCUUUAGUUUUUGAUUAUACAGAUUUCUUUUUGUGUUCCUAAUGGAAGAGUUUCUUAGGUUCUAGAUUUUUGAUUUUUCCUAUUUUGCUGGAGUUCUUAAACCCUCUAUACAUAUCUUAUACAUAUUUACAAUUGUUCACAAUAAUUUCGAGUUCGAGUUUGAAUUUCGAAGUCGAGUGUAAGAAGCGCGAAAAUUGAUUGUUGUUGCAGUUUGUUUUCAUUUUUUUCUUCGUUUGUUUCUCCACGAAAUUGAUUUGUAUAUAUUUGUCGUCAAUAUGUAUAAGAUUAUAAUUGUAUAUGUAAAGAUAUCGUUUUCUGCACUUUCUCCGAUUCUCCUUUUGGAGAUUUUUCAGUGUGUAUAACAUAGACCAUAGAAAAACGCAUGCAAACUUGUGUGUGAACUGCUCAGCAUUUCAUAUUGAAAUCUUUUUCAACAAUAAAUAUAAAAUAAAAAGAAACUACUUUGCAAAUUUCACAAGUCAAAUACAAAUACAUGAUCAAAAUUACCUAUUUAUAUAUGUAAAUACAUAUGUAUCAGUGUUGCGCUUAUUUGUAUGGGCGAAAAACAAAUUAUAAAUGUAUCAAAAUCAAAGGUUUUAGAGCCAAAAAAUUGUCCUUAUGGCAGAAAACUAUAAAAUAUAAAGAGCCCGAUUCGACAACAUUUAGAGGUGCCGACUUGAGGUCAAAGUGCAGAAAUAUCAUAGUUGGCUAAUGGUUCCUAUGGCAGCUAUACUAUAUAUCGCUCUGAUGGGAUUGCAUUUUUUGUGUGAUUUAGAAUAUUAAAAUAUAAUCAAGCUCGCAAAAUUUCAGCUCGGUUUGUUAAUAUUUAAGCCAACAAUAAAAAAGUAAUAUCCAGCUUUUGAGACUACACGUGUAGAGUAUUACUAUUAGUAUUAUUAGUAUUGCCACCCUCGUCUAUCCAAAAUACUUUCGAAAUAGGAAUGAAUGAAAUGGGAAAUAGUUUAAAAAAAAUCAGAGAUACAACUGUAUCCAAUUCUGGACGACUUAACGGCGGUACAUUCCGCCUAAAGAAACUAUAAGACAAAAAAAUCUUGUACCUCCCGUGCAGAAAUCACAUCAGUGAAAUAUAUUUACGGGCAGCAUUUGAGUCCUGUGCCGAGACUACAC